AUGUCCAUAGACCUCAACUGGGAGGCCGCCACCUCGGGCCCCGAUGGCGAACAACUCGCCGAACGAAUACGCUGCUUCAUCCACGACAAGUUCCAACAAGUGCCCCUCCCACGAUUCAUACGAUCCGUAAACGUGCACUCGUUCGAAUUCGGCAGUAUUGCGCCAGAACUAGAGAUCAAGGAUAUAUGUGACCCGUUUGUGGAUUUUUACGAAGAGAGUGAUAGUGAAGAUGAAGACGAAGGACACGAGGAUAUACAGUCAGAUGCCUCUUCCGAUCGAGCGGCGGCAGAUAAGCGUGGGAUGAGAUAUAGACAUGAUAAUAAUGGACACGACGAGCAUGGUACGAAUCAUCACGACCAUUUACGAACGUCACAGUGGGUGACGGGUGAAAUCGAUGGUCAUCAUCAGUCCGCGCAGUCACCGCUGCGGUCACCAAUUGGAUUGGGCGAUCACCUGAAUGCGCAGUUCAGGUCUACAACGCCGAAUAUUCUUCCUGGUGUCACAUCAAAUCUGGGCUAUCAUUUGAUGAUGGGAAAUCUGUCGGGGACACAGACUCCGCUCGUUGCUGUUGCGGGUGGUGGCACGCCAUUUGGGACGGGUUGGCCCGAUGCUGUGAUGCAUGGUGGUAGUCAGCUGGCGGGGCAGCCGCAUGGUAGAGGUAGAGGGCGAGCAGAAAAUAAUAAUAAUAACCUUGACACCGGCUCGCCGUCUCGGCCGUCUACUGCAAACACCAAUCCGACUCAGCUAUCUCACGGACAAAGUGCCGCCGGAAGCUCGUCGAACAAUACCAGCAAUGACCCUACAGUCAUCUACAAUGACCACGCCUCCUCCACAACUGCAACGGCACACGGACUCCAUGAAGGUCGCGAAAAACAAGCACCAACAUCCAUAAUAGACCAAGAAUCCCCUCCUUCCCCGACACCGCAUAUGCGAGAACGUCGCCCAGAAGACUUUCAAGUAAUCUGCCGCAUGAAGUAUGCCGGGGACGUGAAACUCUCCUUGACCGCAGAGAUAUUGCUCGACUAUCCAAUGCCCAGCUUCGUGGGGCUUCCAUUGAAAUUGAAUAUUACGGGCAUCACUUUUGACGGCGUCGCAGUUGUGGCGUAUAUUCGUCGAAGGGCUCAUUUAUGUUUUUUGUCACCUGAAGAUGCCGAUGCCUUGUUGGGCGAUGAGGAGGAAGAUAUAAACCACCAACAACGACAACAACAACAUCAUCCAUAUCCCACGACAAACACUUCUGAGAGCAUUAAUAAUAACAACCCCGAAACUCACCCACCACAACCAAGGCGCCGUUUCGGCAGUCUCCUACAACAAAUCCGCGUCGAUAGCGAGAUUGGCCGUAAGGAGAAUGGGAAACAAGCCUUGAAGAAUGUGGGUAAAGUGGAGCGCUUUGUGCUUGAUCAGGUUCGGCGCAUAUUCGAGGAUGAGUUUGUGUUUCCUAGCUUUUGGACGUUUCUUGUAUAA